AUGGAUCGCGACCUCUUCAUUGAGCGUUUGGAGGCAUUCUGCACUAGUUCGGUCCGUACGUUUGCUGCGCGUGAAAAUCGGUCAUUCGACGAAACACACCAACUUGUGGCAGAAUAUUAUAGUCGAUCCCUAUUCUCAUCAGAGCACUCUACCUCGCAAGACCGGGCAGUUCAAAUCAAAACCAUUCUUUCAGACACUUCGCGCAUGCUUGAGUCUCUUGGGUCUACUGUCGGCGUAGAGUCAUUCGUACUUGCUGUCGAUCCCUCCGACGACAGUCAACCCAGCUUCCUUGGUGGUACAACCGUUGGGAAAGAAUACUGGCGAGGGCUACGAGGGGGAGGAGAUGCUGGUGCAAAGGCUUUCAAGUCUCACUGUGUCAAGACUCAGUCACAUAAUCCUUCUUCUGCUGCUGCUGCUAAAUCCAACCCUACCAAUGCACGCACUGUCAAAUCUGACCUAUAUGAAGCUGUUCGCAAAGCGCUAAGAACAGCCAGUGGUGUCAGUAAUGCAGAAAUGAAGUGGACUAACCCAUCGCUGUUGAAUAUAUAUGGCGUACGACUCGUUGGUUGGCCACCUUCCAUCCCAUCACAGAAUCCCUCGUCUUUGAAGGCCGACCAGAACAAGCAACUCUUAGAGGCAGUUGAAAAGGGGACGCUUCAUUUUGUGCGCACCAUUCUCACAAAUGAGGGCGAACCAGCGCCUCCUGCAGAGGAGCAGAGUAACUUUGAAUGGGCCAUUGAAUACGACGAUCCAUCUAUGUCUCCCAACGAUGAAGAUAGACCUGGGCCAGCCAAACGAGCGCGGCCGGAUAGUUAG